CAAAAGCUGUACAGAAUGUAAAGCUCCUGAGGAAAAUUAGUGAUAUUAGGCUUUAUAAAUAAAAUUGACUUAACUUUUAUCUUGCAGGAAAACGCAAGCUUCACUUACGACAGACUUGAGCUCUUGUUUGCAGAAUGGAUUCAGUCUUUUCUGUGUUUGGAUCUUUUGUUAACUGGGAUGUCAGAAGUCUGCUGUUCUUCACUGCGGUUUUCAUCCUCGCUGCAGAUUAUCUAAAGAACCGUUUGCCGAACACCUAACCUCCAGGACCCUGGGCGAUUCCUUUUGUGGGCAACAUCACAAACAGAACUAGGAUCCCUCAGACCAAAGAGACUACAUCGACUGCUACCUGAAUGAGAUUUACAAGGCACCACCCUGUGCUGGGCUUUCCUCCAGAUGGCAAAGUACUCCUGCACCAUGUCAAUAUCAAGAUCAUGGAGUCAUGGAGGCAGCAGAGACGUUUUGCAGUUUCCACUUUCAAAUAUUUUGGAUUUUGCAAGAAAUCUCUUGAGCCUGUCAUUCUGGAUUAAAUUAUAUAUUGUGCAAAAGGCUUCAAGAGCUUUAAAGCUCAUCUUCAUGAACGCUGUCUCCAACAUCAUCUCCUCUUUGGUUUUUGGUCAUCUAUUUGAGUACGGUGAAGAAAAAUUACUUGAAUUAAUGAAGUUGAUUGGAAAUGGAUUUGAGAUUGAAGCUUCCAUUUGGGCACAGGUACCGCAUUUUUAAGAUGUUGAUGAAAUCUAAAAACAGUACAUAAUUGUUGUGCAACAUUUUCCUGCUCUACAUUUCAGCUUUAUAACACAUUCCUUCUGCUGAUGAGACGUCUGCCAGGGCCACAUCAAACAGUCACAUCUGAAACAAUGCAAAGGACUUCAUACGAGCAGAGAUUAAGGACCACAAACAGAACGGGGCUCCCUCAGCCAAAGAGACUACAUCAACUAGAGCUGGGUACAAGAACAGCAAGCCUGAUGCCCUGUUUAGGCAGAUCCAGCUGGAGAGCCCCCUAACUCAACCUGAGGGUAUCCUGCCACCUGCGUGUGAUUGGUGUGCAGGACCUUCCCCUCACAGUGGAAUCCAGACAGCUGGCUCCUUUUUAUGUCGGACCAUUCCAAUGCCAACAGUCAAAUCCAAAACGUUUCACUAAAAUGGACUCAAAUAACAGGAAACAAGGUCGCCCCCCCCCCCCCCAAUCUCAUUUCAAAGAACUUGAAUGGCACAGAGCCCUGACCCCACCCCUACCAGAAAAUGGACGGAGGAUAUGUGUGUCUGCUAAAACAUGUCUAACAUGGAUGAAGAAGUUAUGUGAGGAAUAACAUUUCUAGGCAGUAGGUGUUGGUUAACCCUACCUAGUCUUUAGAGAUGUGGGGAAAUGAGAACACAAAGGGAGAAUAAGUAUCUGGCUGCCUGUUUUUCUUAUAUCAGAUGAAAUUUAACUUUGACUUAGUCCCACCAUGAAACAGAAAAAUGAUAUCAAAGUCCAAUGCAACCAGUAGGCUUUUGCUGUGCUGCCAACAGCCAAUAAGAUCAAGCCUCUCCCUCACAAGAGAAAGGUAAGUGUUAUCAUUGGCUGAUGUUGGGAACACAAAAACAGUGUUUUAUCUUGCAAAAUCUGAAAACAUAGGCUGUAGCUACACAGGCUUUAGCUAGUUUGCAGAAUGGAUUCAAUCUUCUCUGUAUUUGGAUAUUUUGUUAACUGGGAUGUCAGGAGUCUGCUGCUCUUCACUGUAGUUUUCAUCCUCACUGCUGAUUAUCUUAAGAACCGUCGGCCAAACACCUACCCUCCUGGACCCAGUGCAAUUCCUAUUUUGGGCAACAUAUUCACUGUGGAUCACAACAGGCUCCAUGAGAGUAUGACACAGUUAGCAGGAAGAUAUGGAGACGUGUACAGCAUGCGAAUGGGUCAGACAUUGAUAGUGGUGUUAAACCGGUUUGAGGUUCUCAAAGAAGCUCUGGUAACUCAGGGAGACAGCCUGGUGGACCGUCCAUACCAAGCUAUGGUUGACGACGAAUUUCAUGGACAAGGUAAGCAGCUGAAUCCACACUUCACCAUCAACAAUGCUGUCUCGAAUAUUAUCUGCUCCCUGGUUUUUGGACAUCGCUUUGAUUACGGUGAUAAGACGUUCCUGAAACUGAUGAAGUGUAUUGGAGAAGCACUCGAAAUUGAGGCAUCCAUUUGGGCACAGCUUUAUAACGCAUUCCCUCUGCUGAUGAGACGUCUGCCAGGGCCACAUCAGACAGUCCGGCGCAUCUGGAGAGAUGCAAAGGACUUCAUACGAGCAGAGAUUAAGGAGCACAAACAGAACUGGGAUCCCUCAGACCAGAGAGACUACAUCGACUGCUACCUGAAAGAGAUCCAGAUGAGUAAGGGGCAAGCCGACAACACUUUUGAUGAGGAAAACCUGAUUAUAUGUGCCUUGGAUCUGUUUGUGGCUGGCACUGAGACCACAUCCACCACCCUGCGCUGGGCUUUCCUCUACAUGGCAAAGUACCCCGAGAUUCAGGAAAAGGUCCAGGCUGAGAUAGACAGAGUGAUUGGACAGUCCAGACAGCCGUCCAUGGAAGACCGUGCAAACCUGCCCUACACUGAUGCUGUUAUACAUGAGAUCCAGAGGAUGGGCAACAUAGUUCCCCUAGGCCUGCCUCAUAUUACCAACAGGGACAUCCAGCUGAGAGGCUACACUAUCCCAAAGGGAGUUACAAUAAUCACCAAUCUGACCUCGGUGCUGUUUGACAAGAAUGAGUGGGAGACACCGGACACCUUUAACCCAGGACACUUUCUGAACAAGGAGGGCAAGUUUGUGAAGCCAGCUGCUUUCAUCCCGUUCUCUGCUGGUAAGCGAUUGUGUCUCGGGGAGAACCUGGCCAAGAUGGAGCUUUUCCUCUUCUUCACCUCCUUCAUGCAGCACUUCACCUUCUCCAUGCCUGCUGGAGUGAAACCUGAGAUGGACUACCGCUAUGGCGUCACUCUGGCACCAUGUCAAUAUGAAAUAUGUGCAACCUCACGCUAAGAGUAUCUCUAAUAUAAAGAAUACUAAAGCAA